AUGGCAAUGAAACACUGCACAGAAACUGCGGAACAGGGAUAUGAAAAGCUUAAGAAGCUGCUUUGUUUAGUAGGGCAAAUAGUGAGGUUUCAGGUGAGACCCCAGGGAACACCGCACCCCGCUGCCCCUGUCCCCGUCCCAGUGCAGUCCAAUAGAACUUUCUGUGAUGAUGCUAUCCAGCAUUUAUGCUGUGCUGAAUGUGGAGUAAAUGCAGAUGUUGAAAAACAUCUUGAAUUGGGCAAGAAACUCCUUGCAGCUGGACAGCUGGCUGAUGCUUUAUCUCAGUUCCAUGCUGCAGUAGAUGGUGACCCUGAUAACUACAUUGCUUACUAUCGGAGAGCUACUGUCUUUUUAGCUAUGGGCAAAUCAAAAGCAGCACUUCCUGAUUUGACUAAAGUGAUUGAAUUGAAGAUGGACUUCACUGCAGCAAGAUUACAGAGAGGUCACUUACUACUCAAACAAGGAAAACUUGAUGAAGCAGAAGAUGAUUUUAAAAAAGUGCUCAAAUCAAAUCCAAGUGAAAAUGAAGAAAAGGAAGCCCAGUCCCAGCUUCUGAAAUCGGAUGAGAUGCAGCGUUUGCGUUCACAAGCACUGGAUGCUUUUGCAAGCUCAGAUUAUCCUGCUGCUAUAAUCUUCCUUGAUAAGAUUUUAGAGGUUUGUGUUUGGGAUGCAGAACUACGGGAACUUCGAGCUGAAUGUUUUAUUAAAGAAGGGGAACCUAGGAAAGCGAUAAGUGACUUAAAGGCUGCAUCGAAAUUGAAGAAUGAUAAUACUGAGGCAUUUUAUAAAAUCAGCACACUGUAUUAUCAACUAGGAGACCAUGAACUGUCCCUCAGUGAAGUUCGUGAAUGUCUUAAACUUGACCAGGAUCAUAAAAGAUGUUUUGCACACUAUAAACAAGUAAAGAAACUCAAUAAGCUGAUUGAGUCAGCUGAAGAGCUCAUCAGAGAUGGCAGGUAUACAGAUGCGACCAGCAAAUAUGAAUCUGUCAUGAAUAUGGAGCCAAGUGUUUCUGAAUAUACAGUUCGUUCAAAAGAAAGGAUUUGCCACUGCUUUUCUAAGGACGAGAAGCCUGUUGAAGCUAUUCGAGUGUGUUCGGAAGUUUUACAGAUGGAGCCUGACAAUGUGAAUGCUCUGAAAGAUCGAGCAGAGGCCUAUUUAAUAGAAGAAAUGUAUGAUGAAGCUAUUCAGGAUUAUGAAACUGCUCAGGAACACAAUGAGAAUGAUCAGCAGAUUCGAGAAGGUCUAGAGAAAGCACAGAGGCUGUUGAAACAGUCGCAGAAACGAGAUUAUUAUAAAAUCUUGGGAGUAAAAAGAAAUGCCAAAAAGCAAGAAAUCAUUAAAGCAUACAGAAAAUUAGCACUGCAGUGGCACCCGGAUAACUUUCAGAAUGAAGAAGAAAAGAAAAAAGCUGAGAAAAAGUUCAUUGACAUAGCAGCUGCUAAAGAAGUCCUCUCUGAUCCAGAAAUGAGGAAGAAGUUUGACGACGGAGAAGACCCCCUGGAUGCAGAGAGCCAACAAGGAGGUGGCGGCAGCCCCUUCCACAGAAGCUGGAACUCAUGGCAAGGGUUCAAUCCCUUCAGCUCAGGCGGACCUUUUAGAUUUAAAUUCCACUUCAAUUAAAGCCGCUGUUUUUCUGCUCUUCCUCCUUAAUUUUUUUAAAGAUUAAAAACAAAAAAGCCUUGUUCGGGAUCCUAAUGAAAAAAAAUCUUCCAACCUUUCAGUUUGUCUAUGACCAAAGAAUUGUUUUAACAGGAAAUAGCCGUUCUUACCCAUUUUAGACUUGAUGGGUUUGUGAGGCAGGGAGGCGGGACUGGUUCUGGUUCUGGCAGAGCAGCCUGACCCUGUGGUGAAUGUCUGGAGAAACGGUCUGAGGCAGGCUCGCAGAUUUUGUUAUUUUUUCUACACUGGAGCGCGUGGAAAUUCUUCUCUCCAUAUCCUUGCGUAGUAUGUCAGUGCCUGCGUGUGUAAGGAGGAUUCUCAGAGAGAAUAUGAAAUUCUGAGCUGUAUGUUCUUAGGGACAACUUUGCUUAGAUUUUGGUCAGUCCAGUCACUUGUAAAUAUGUUAAAUUACAGGGCCUCCUUAAUCCGUGUGUGUUUUCAUCUCUAAGAGCAUGAGUGUGGCUGUCACUGAAGGUAGGCUGAGCCCUCUCUUAGAAAACCUCCUACCAAAUGAUAGUCACUGGAGCCAGGGUUAGAGCUGGGCUGAUGUUAAGCAUGUAUUUUUGUUGUUUCAGUACUUGCAGAAUACUGAAAACCACUGAAAUAGAAUUAAUUGUAAAAACCUACAGGCCCUUUUGUUUAAUAUGAAACACAACAAACUAAAAGGUAAAAUGCAAAAUAGGUUCAGAUAAUAAAACAGUGGUAUUUAAAAUAAUAUUGCUAAAGUGUAGAAUGAAAUACUUUAACAACUGAAGUUGUGAGUUAAACAGCAUUUCCUGUAACAGGAUUGACUUAGAAAUGUAAAGUUGCUCGCUCAACAUAAACAAAAAGAACGCCCUUUCCCACUUUAAAAAACUCAGCCGGCAGCUUCUCUCACGUCCUGGCCCCUGGCCAACUGACCGUGGACUGUGUGUGGGGAGCCACAUGGGACUGUCUGAGGUGGGCGUCAGCUGGCAGGCCACCCCCUGCCAGACGUUGAUGCCUCUCGGUGUCCUCCUGCCUAGAAGAACCCACAGGUGUGCAGGUCUUGUCAGCGCUGGCAGGUUCCCACCAUCAAGAUGGCAUCUCUUCUUGGGAUACCUCCUUCUUACCUUUUAAGAAAUGAAUUAUUCAGUCUUUAUAUAUUGGGUAAUUUUUUCCCUAAAAAAUGAGUUAUUUUAAUGAAGAGCAUUAAAUAUUUAUGGAACUAUUGAUGCUGCAUUUAAAAUUUAAGAGUUACUUUAGAUAAGAAUUAUUACCUUUAUUCUGGAAAGGUUUUUGUUUUUGCGUCAGAGCAUUUUGAAGCAUUUUAAGCACUAUGAGCCUAAUAUAUUGUUUGUAGGAAAUCAAGCAUUUUCUUUGAGUUGUGGGGGCCAUCCUGACCGCUGAUACCCACAACAGCCAGCCAAGCACAAAUCGUUUUCUUCUGCAGUCAUCCUGAAACAUAUGUGGCAAAAAAUUUUUUAAAAACUGAGACAAGUGCUUUUUGCAUCUAUUUAGUUUCUUUCUUACCAAUAAACAACGUUGCAUUUUGAAAAGUAGUGAACAGCUUUGCAGCUUUCAUUUUGUUUUAUUGUCUUAAAAUUCAAACCCGUGUGAAAAUAAUUUCUAAGGGAAAUUCACAUUUGCUUAUUCUUCAUUCUGAUUACUUCAUCGGUUAUUAUCGGCACUGUUUCUUUCAGUCUGGUUCUUUUGUAUACGAUGUCACUGUGACCUCUUUGAAAUUGAGCGAUGGCUUCUUCCUACUUUUGACAAGUAAGAAUUUUCACACAGAAUCAGAACAAAGGAAGUAUCAAAUCAUGUGCCCCUCCAUUGGGAGGAGAGGGUGAAAAGUUGCCAACGAGGAGCUAGAGGGAGCCGAGAUGGUUGGGGGCUGGGCCACGUGGGCCGUGUGUCCCCAGCACCUGUCACCUCGCUGACUGCCACCCCCUGCUGCCUAGAGGGUUGCUGGCUUCAUUUCUCUCUCCACCUGUAAUAACUGUAAGUCCCGUUCCUAAAGUCUCACCGUGGAUUUAUUUUGGUCACUGUAACAAACGUGCAGGGUUACUUUUCAUGAUGAGAGAGAAGCAGCUAUGGUGCCAAGUGCCAACGCCACUGAGAAACUCUCUGGACUCUGGUUUUGCUGAUUGAUGAAGAAAAUAAGGACCUUUAAGUUCCAGCCUGGAGGGUCACCAGCAGUCUUCCGGUGUCUGCCUGCGUGGGAAGAUGGCCACCCAAUGGUCCCCCUCACAGUGAGAGAGAGAAGUGCUGGGAGUGUGGCAGCAUGAGCAUCGGUCCGGGCAGCCUGGUGGAGGAAAAUGUUACCAGCGGAGCAGGAAGAGCCCCUGACCUGGGCUACUCCCAGGACCGCUCCCCAGACCGCAGGUGCCUGGUAACCUGGCUCUUUCUGGAAGAGGAGAAUAAGGCAGCUAGCCUUGGCUGUAUGGCGUUCCUGUCUCAAACUCUUCCUUCCCUCCUCAUUGAGCUCCAGGAGUGGUCUGUACACUGUGCGUAUUUUCCACAGCAGCAAGUAUUAAACAUAUCAGCCUCUAAACAAGAAAAGUUCUAAAAGAGAGCAUAAAUUAAUUUAAUGCCCCCUUCUGAAAGUUUGUGCUUUCUCAUCAUGGAUAAAUGAAAAUUGGAAAACGACUUCAGUAGUUUACAAAUGUGAAUUGGAUGUACUAAUUUUAAAACUUCUUUCUCUUUAGGUAGUAUUAAAAGUUCAUUUUAAAUAUCAGUAUAAAAAAAGAACUGGGACUCUGAUAAUGGAAUGUAAAAACUACCCCCCGUUUUUUUUAAGAGAAAAAUACUACUGAUAACCAAGUAGGGGAAAAAAAAGCAACUAGAAUCACACUUUGAAAUUGGCAUGAUUUGCUAUGCAUGGUGGAGUAUGAAAGAGUUCACCUUUAAAGCAUGAAAUUGGUCAGAAGUUGUGUGUGAGUUUACCAUGAAAAGAGGGCACAAGAUGCCUAAGUUGAAGGUGGCUCCUAAGCCAGGGUUGUGCCUCCUUCAAGGGAUGGAGCACUGGUGACAGGCCUUGUGCUGAGUCUUCACUGACUGCAUAUCAGUGGGUAACCCAGAGAAAGUAAUGCACCUUUGCUGAAUGUAGUUGACUUUCCCACAUUUAUUAAGGAAGGAGGAAGCCAAGUACUGAUUUGUCAACAACAGCCUUACUCUAAAUCAGAUCAUUCCUUUUUUGUUUGUUAGUAGCAGAGUUUAUUCUGUAAUUGCACAUACUGUUAAUAGGUGGAGAUAAUUUGUUGUGUUUAAUGGAUGAUCUCAUUUGCUGAAUGAUUUAAGAGUAAAAUUAGCCACUGUGUGGCUCUGUGUAUAGUAAACAGGUUUUGUUUCCCUCCUCUGUGGUUGAACCUCUUACCUGUAGUGGAGAGCAGAGCGAAGAGCAGGUAAAAAUUGGAGAUGUUCGGUAAGUUAAAAUACUCCUCCUACUGCAAGGCUGUAGUUGGUUUGAAUGAACAAGACUAAGUAACUUACUCCAUCUCAACUUAGUGUUUUAAUAAAAAAGACACUGAAAAUUAAUUGAAGUGGGUUUCAGACAUGUCUACCAAAUAUGGGUACUAUUUUUAUGCCCGUGUAUUUUCACAUUUAAUAAAAAUAUUUAUGGUCAAAUCAGUA